CUUCUCUCCCUCCCCCCGCCCUCUCUCUCUCUCAAAAGAACGUACGUACGCCACCAGCGCGACGCCACGUACGUACGCCAUGGCUGCUGCUCCGGUUGUGCCGCGCAUGAAGCUGGGCUCGCAGGGGCUGGAGGUCUCGGCGCAGGGCCUCGGAUGCAUGGGCUACGGCGAGGGCACGCCCGAGGCGGACAUGGUCGCGCUCCUUCACCACGCGGUGGCUGCCGGCGUCACCAUGCUCGACACCUCCGACAUCUACGGGCCGCACACCAACGAGAUCCUCAUUGGCAAGGCGCUGCAAGGCGGCGUGAGAGAGAAGGUGGACCUGGCCACCAAGUUCGGCAUCUCGUUCGCCGACGGCAAGUGGGAGAUCCGCGGGGACCCGGCGUACGUGCGGUCGGCAUGCGAGGGCAGCCUCGCCCGGCUUGGCGUCGACUGCAUCGACCUCUACUAUCAGCACCGCAUGGACACCAAUACCCCCGUCGAGAUCACGAUGGGUGAGAUCAAGAAGCUAGUGGAAGAAGGAAAGGUGAAAUACGUCGGAUUAUCCGAAGCCUCGGCGUCGACAAUCAGAAGGGCGCACGCAGUUCAUCCGAUCACUGCCGUCCAACUGGAGUGGUCUCUGUGGUCAAGGGACGUUGAAGAAGAUAUAAUCCCCACUUGCAGAGAAUUAGGAAUUGGAAUCGUGGCAUACAGUCCAUUAGGUAAAGGUUUUCUAUCUCGUGGAGCUAAAAUGGUGGACACACUACCAGAUGACGAUUUCCGCAAGAGUCUUCCAAGAUUUCAACCCGAGAACAUGGAGAAGAACGCUGCGAUAUUCGAGCGAGUGAGUGAGAUGGCUGCGAGGAAAGGAUGCACGGCGUCGCAACUCGCGCUGGCCUGGGUUCACCACAAGGGAAGCGAUGUGUGCCCCAUACCUGGAACGACAAAAAUUCAGAAUUUGAACCAGAACGUGGGAGCUUUGUCUGUGAAGCUCACGCCCGACGAGAUGGCUGAGCUUGAGUCCUGUGCCGCCAUGGACGCUGUGCAAGGUGAUCGGUGCAACAACAAUUUCCUCAACACGUGGAAGGACUCCGAAACCCCACCGCUCUCAUCAUGGAAAGCUACUUAGAUAUUUCUCAUGAAGAAAACCGUCGAGAAGACGGGAAUCUCAUAGGGUGGUCGCAAGGCUAUGAAGAAAUUCAGAGCAAAAUAAAUAAGGAAAGGGUUAAUUGAAGUGGAAGACAAAAAAGUUG